AUGCAUUUGAAAACGAAGUCUAAACAGCGCCGUUCGAUUCAUAAAUGGUAUGAAGGUUUUCAACUAACAAUCAGUAGACAUAUUCAUACAUUGGGUAAUUUUAUUUACAAUCAAGAACAUCAUGAAAUAUUUGGACGUGAUGGAAAACGAUGGAGCAAAUUAGCUGCUUUCUAUUUUUGUUUCUAUGUUGUCCUUGGUGGUUUUUUUUGUUUGUAUUUAUCUAUAUUUAUGUCACUUCUACCAUUAAAUCAACCAAGAUAUAUAGGCAAGGAUAGUCGAUUAACGUCUCGUAAUAAUCCACUUUCACCAGGUGGACUAAGUUUUCGACCACAAGCUAGUAUUAAGCUAAAUGAUAUACAGACAUUAAUAAGUUUAUCAUCUAACGAUGAACAAAAUCAAAAAGAAUCGAUUCAUGAUAAUACUCAGAUUUAUAUUAAGAAUCUUGAUGAAUAUUUAAAAGUUUAUAACAAUACACGAAGCUCUAAGAAUUUCACUAUUCAUGAUGUAGGUGAUUGUAAUUCAAUUAAACAUUAUGGUUAUAGAAAUGGUAAACCAUGUAUAUUAAUAAAAAUAAACAAACUUAUCGGUUUUAUACCAGAGAUAGAUAGAACUGAUACUAAUAAUAAACAUGAAUCAGAGUGUAUUGGUAUCUCUAAUGUUCCAGUUCGAUGUAUGGGCGAGUAUCUCUUUGAUCAAGAAAUGCUUGGCGAUAUUGUAUAUUAUAGUGAAUCAGGUUCGAGUAAUGUAUGUGGUUCAAUUGAUAUCAAACAUUUUCCUUAUAAUGGUAAAGAAGAUCGAAAUGAUGCUUAUCAAACUCCAUAUGUAUGGGUACAAUUUAAAAAUAUAACACCAUAUGUAUUGAUAUCUGUUGAAUGUCGAAUAUUUGCUGCUAAUAUAUUUUAUGAUAAAGUUGCACAAAGAGGCAGUGCACAAUCUGAAACAAAAGAUGUACCAAAUGAAGCAGUAAAAGUCACUGAUGAACAACUUAUAAAUGAUUUUGAAGAUCGAUGUGCAAGUACAAAGUGUCGUGAUGGUGAAACAUGCAUAUUAAAUAAGGAUGGUGAUGCUGAAUGUGCUUGUCUUACACAAUGUGAAGAUCCAAAAGAUGAACGUUUAAUGGUAUGCACAAAAGCUAAUCAUACAUAUACAACGGAUUGUGAAUUCUAUCAAAUGCAAUGUUGGUGUCGUCGAAAUGAUGAACGAUGUACACGUCGAGAAGCUCUUACAGAUUCAAUUGAUUAUUUUGGACGAUGUCAACACCUUGGCAUUUGUACGGAAUUCGAAUUAGAAGUCUUUCCAAAACGCAUGACAACAUGGCUUGGAGAAAUUCUUGAUGCAUUGUUUGUUCGUAAAGAUCUUGAUGCUAAAUAUGAAGUAUUAGUUAGUGAAGCACGUAAAAUGAAAUUAUCAAACACAGAAAAAUGGUGGCGUAACGCUGUACUUUGGGAAUUUUGCGAACUUGAUCGUACACAUGAUAAUUCAGUGAAUAAUGAAGAAUUAGCUCGUUUUGUUCGCUCACUUAAAGUACUUGAACAUUGUAUUCAACCAUUUUUGAAUCAUUGCGAUAUGGACAAUGAUAAUAAAAUUUCAUCGGAUGAAUGGGGUACAUGUUUAGGUUUAGAUAAAGAUGAUAUGGUUUUCUUGAAGACAUUCUGUUCACAUUAA